UGCCGUCCUCUGGCUGUAUGUAUUUCCAGACAAGGGCAAAGCAACGGCUGCUGUCAUUGUUUGUCAUUUGCGACUCACCUUAGCUAGCAUGGCGAGGUUCUUGAGGCCUAAUCUCCGCGGUUUGUUCACUUUACAGCAGAGAAUGGCAUCCGACCAGCUGGGUGAGCUGGGUCAAGGUGCAGGAAAAGGUGGCGGCGGUGGCGGCUCCAUCCGAGCAGCUGGUGGAGCCAUGGGAAAGAAACAGGCGGCUGAGGAGGAAAUGUACUUUAAGCGCAAAGAGCAGGAGCAGCUGGCUGCACUCAAGCAACAUCACCAGGAGGAAAUCGACCACCACAAAAAGGAGAUUGAGCGUCUGCAGCGGGAGAUCGACCGUCACAAGGGGAAGAUCAGGAAGCUGAAGCACGACGACUAAUCAAAACGAGCUUCCGCCAGGCCUCUUUAAUCACUGCUGUAUUGGCUUGAAAAAUUAUUUUCUCCCUUUUGAAACUCACGCGAUCUGCCGUUCACCAUCUUCAGAGUAGAAUUGCACGACUGUGGUGAAUUAUUUAAAGCAAUUGUAACAGUUAACAAAAAGAAUGUUGUUUCCAUGGAACAGUCUGACAUGAUUUGGAUCAACUGUUGUAUGUUUCAUACAGCAAAUAAAUAAUCUUGUGUGAGAAAUCA